AUGGGUGACGUCGUUACGAUUCGCACACGAAAGGUGCUUUCCAAUCCUCUCCUUGCCCGCAAACAGAUGGUCGUCGAAGUGAUCCACCCAGGACGAGCUUCAGUAUCCAAGAACGAGAUCCGAGACAAGAUCGCCCACAUCUACAAGACGACCAGCGACCUCGUCAUUGCUUAUGGUUUCCAAUGCCAAUACGGAGGAGGAAGAAGCGCUGGAUUUGCUCUUGUUUAUGACACCAUGGACCUUUGCAAAAAGUUCGAGCCCAAAUAUCGAUUGAUCAAGUACGGAAUCAUCAAGAAGGUCGAGAAGGGUGGACGUAAACAACGCAAGGAACGAAAGAACAGGAUGAAGAAGGUGCGUGGAACCAAAAAGGCCACGGCUGCGACUGCUGGCAAAAAA